UCACCUCCCUUCAUAUCUUAGCCAUUGCCAUGUAGAGCUCUUUGGCAUUUUAGCUUAAUCUGCUACAGUUUUGAUUAGUUUCAAGGUUUAAAAAAUGUCCGAGCUUGAAGCUAGUGAAUCGUGUUCUCCGCAGUGUGCGGAAGCAGACAAAAUCAAAAGUACAGACGAUAUCAAUCCCGAAACAGUACAAAACACUAACACCAAUAUUUCUCAGGUUGAAGAAGAGUCUCAGAGCGACAGUGAUCUUCUCAAAGGCCUGUUGACAGAUAACUUCUGUCACGUCUGUGAGGCAACCCUGCUUUACGAGUCCCAGAGAGUUUCUCAUUAUGAGGGGAAAAAGCAUGCACAAAGAGUCAGGAUGUACCUGCAGAACAAGAAAGCUAAAAUCAAUAAGCCGAGCCAAGAUUGUGGAGGCCUUUUGAGAGGUCUGUCUGCAGAGAAGUUUUGCGAGCUGUGCAACAUGGUAUUCAGCUCUCCAACCGUGGCCAAGUCGCACUAUGAGGGCAAAGUUCAUGCCAAGAACAUGAGAAAAACCAAUCUUCCACCACCUGCAGCGCCCGUACUAGAAUUACACACAGCUCCUGUAGUCGUCCCAUCAGAGGCUGCUGUGCAGAAUCAGAUCAGUCAGGAGCAGAAGGACACUUCUGGCUUGGGCGAUCAAGAGGUUGAUCUCAGUGACCCUAACAAGUACUGUACACUGUGCAGUGCUUCCUUUAACAACCCUCUGGUUGCCCAGCAGCACUACAGCGGUCGGAAGCAUCAGCGAAACCAGGCCCGGCAAGAGAUGCUUGACCAGAUGGGGGAACAGUCAGAACGUGUGAGCUCCCUGACCCCGAUUUGCUGUCUGACGCUCAGCUCAAUAGAGAUGUACCAGGCACACAUGCAGGGAAACAAACACUUUGUCAAAGAGAAGAAAGUUAUGGAUCUCUGCAAAUCUCAGAAGAAAGUGUACGACUCCUUCCAGGAUGAGCUGGCUGACUACAUCCAGGUGCAGAAGGCCCGGGGACUGGAGCCCAAAGCAGGGCCGGGCACCGUGGGACAAGCAAGCAAGGGUCUAGAUGAGAGUGAAAGCGAAGGUCCACAAAAAGCAGAAGAGAUGCCUCAUCCUGCCCAGCUGGUACCACGUUUUCCACCUCCUGGUUUCCCUCAACCUCACUGGCACCCACAGUUCCAGCCUCAGGUCAAUCAGUUUGGCUUUGGGAUGCGAGGCCCUGUCCCACACUACCCGCCGGGAUAUAUGCCCCAUACCCAUCCUCCUUUCACACCCGGUCACUUAUAUAAAAGAGAGAGGAGCCCUGAGUCAUUUAGCUCCUCUUCUUUCUCAGACUCCUCCUCCUACUCUAGCAGCAGUAGUAACAGCAGCAGCAGCUACGACAGCAGAGAGAGGAGGAGACGGAAGAGGAAGAUGAAAAAGCGAGGAAAGACCAGAAGAGACCAGGAGGAAGGGUCUGAUACGGAACGAGGUGAAAGGAAAAAGAGGCGAAAGAGAGACAGGAGAGGAAGCGUAGAAGGAGAAGAGGAUAGAAAGAAAUGGAAGGAGAGGAGAAAAAGAGAGAGAAGCUCCAGUGAAGACGAGGAAACCAGAAGUAAAAGAAGAGCAAGCAAGAAAAGUAAGAGGCACGGGGAUGGACAGCAUGCAAAGAGACGAAAAGAAGAGGAACUCCUGGAAAAACAAGAGGUUGAGGUGCACGAGGAACCUCAGGGAAAGAUGGAGGAACAUGUAGAGGUCAGGACAGAAAUGAAGGACAGCAAACACAAACACAAAAAAGAGAAGAAAAAAGGCAAAGAGAAGACGAAUCCAGAAGACAACAGGACAGAAGAGGAAAGGCUCUGGGAUGAGACGAUUCUUGGUGUUUUUUAGAUGUUUCUUUUGAUGAUUGUGUGACAGUAUUGUACUAAUAAACUGCACGGGACCUCAAAAAAAAGCAUUUUGCUGAAAUCUAAUGGACCCUUCUCACUAUUUAUGCUCUCUGAAGAACUCUAAAGGCCUUUCUUUAAUACAGAAACUCAUAUGCUCCUUUUUAAGGAAUCAAAAGUGAACAUUUUGUCAUUUAUUCACCCUCAUUUCAAACCCAUACGACUUCUGUGGAACACAAAAGUAGAUGUUUUUUCCAAUUUAGUAAAUGUGAAUAGAAACUGUCAAUCUGCACUGUUUUUUCAUUUUUGAUAAGGUACAGACCAAAGUGGAUUAACAAAUUUUGGCUGAAAGUAUUGCUGCCUGCAGUUCCACAUAUUUAACCUUGCAGAAAAGUGACGUGCGAGAAACUACAGUGUUUGUCAAACACACAGCUUUCAGAUGGCUUAUACUUUAUAUUGCACAAGUUGUAUGAACUACCUGUUUGAAGUAGUUCACUUACAGAAUGAAAAUUUCCUGAUAAUUUACUCAUCCUCAUGUCAUCCAAGAUGUUCAUGUUUUUCUUUCUUCAAUCGAAAAGAAUUUAAGGUUUUGGAGGAAAACAUUCCAGGAAUUUUCUCCAUAUAGUGGACUUUAGUGAUGACCAACAAGUUGAAAUUGCGGUUUCAACGCAGCUCCAAAGGGCUCUACACGACCCCAGCCAAGGAAUAAGGGUCUUAUUUAGCAAAAUGAUCAGCCAUUUUCUUAAAAAAAAUAACAAUUUAUAUCAUUUUUUACCACAAAUGCUCAUCUUGCACUAGCUCUGCGAUGCGCAUGUGCGUCUUAACGCAUUGCAUACUCGCAUUGGAAAAGUCAUGCGAGGUUAGUUCUUCGUCUAUGUACUUUAAAAAGGUAGGGAAGGGCACAAAACUAAAAUCUAAUUUUCUUCUCCAACUUAAAAAUUGUCUGACAUCUUUGUUUUACGUUUGACUUUUUUUUGCACGUUUGCUUUGUAAACACUCGGUCGUUACUUCUGUCUACAUCACACGUGGUUGAUUGCAUGAUUACAUAAGUGAGGUCGAGCAUUUAUGUUUAAAAAGUAUAUAAAUUUGUGUUUUUCUUAGAAAAUGACAGAUUAGACCUUUAUUUCUCAGCUGGGAUUGUGUAGAGCCCUUUGAAGCUGCAUUGAAACUGCAAUUUGGACAUUCAACCUGUUGGCCACCAUUGAAGUCCAGUAUAUGGAGAAAAAUGUCUUUCUUUAAAAACCUUAAUUUCUUUUCGAUUGAAGAAAGAAUGACAUCUUGGAUGACAUGAGGGUGAGUAAACUAUUAGGAAAUUUUCAUUCUGGAAGUACUAGGAAUUAAUUAAGGUUCUUUUGUCUUUUUAGAGCUCAGCGACAUUCAUUUUCAGUGUGGAAAAGAGCAGCAUGAACAUUAUCCUAAACCUCUCCUUUUGUGUUCCACAGAAGAAAGUCACUCAUACAGGUUUGGAAUAACAUGAGGGUGAGUAAAUAAUGUGAAAAUGUUCAUUCUUUGAAAUGCUCAGGACUACAGACUUUAGGACGUCUCUACUAACUUUUUAUACCUUAUGGUGCGAUGCAAAAACACUACAUGAGCCUCCACCAUGUCCAUGUGGAUGUAUCCUUCAACUUGCUUCAUGCUUUGAUGAAAUAAACCCCUCCCACUGUUUAUAUCAGCAUAGAUUUUGUAUUUUCUCUGAAAGUCUUUGAAGCAUUUCCAGUGUUAUUCUCAAGGGGGCGCUGAUUGCAAAUGUACGCUCUAUGCUCCGUGGAUCUGCUAGAAACGUCUUUCAGACUUGAUCUUUCUGUGUUUGAGAAAGACAUGACAGCAGGAAUGAAUGCUGAGAAUAAAUUGAAGCGUGGUCAGAUCAGCAUAUGUUAAACAUGUCCUUGAAUCAGAAGAGCUCAGUUUGCAAUCCUGGAUUCUGUUGCAUUUCUGUGUUUUAAUGCCAGCCUCAUUUGAUGCAGCAUAUGCAGGAAUAUUUUUGUUUGUUUUGCUGUCAGUCUAACAGGUGCAGGAGUUGAAUGAGGACACGACUGCUACUCUGUUGACCUCUUUCUUGCAUAAAGCUGCAUUUCCCUUUUUGAUAGUUAUCACAAUCAUGCAAUCAUCCGUUUAUUUAAUUACUGUGCUGCUAAGUUGAUUUCCAAUGUCUCUGUUAAACAAUCCCAAUCUUUGGAGUAUUUUCUGACCGCUCAGGGAACAUACUGAUCAUGGGAAGAUGAAUGUGGAUGUGUUUCAGAAGAAAUUAUACUUGAAAAAGCAAUAGUUACAUCCCAUUCGCAUGUAAAAUGGGAUGGUUCAGCCAAAAAUUACAAUUUUGUACUAGCUCUAAUUUGUUUCAAAUGCAUAUGAGAAUGGGGACGUUGACUGGUUUGUUUCAAAAUGACAAAAAAGCAUCACAAAAUGAUCAUAAAAGUUGUGCACUGCAUUUUGGUCAUAAAUAGACCAAAAAUCCAAACCAUUUAAGCUUAGAGGUUUGACAUUGAUAAAAUCGAUUACUAAUUACUAAUUUCCGAUUUCAAGCUAGUUUGAAAAUGUGGAAGCACAAAUGGAAUUAUAACUAACUAUAAUAAUUUUAUGAUACAUUCCUGGUGCCGUUUUGUCAUUUUAAAGACUUGCCGGAUGUCCAUUUCCUUUUACUGUAUAAGAAAACUUGUGUUUUUGAAAUAAGUCUCACCAGGGCUGCAUUUAUUUGAUCAAAAUACAGUAAAACGGUAAUAUUGUGAAAUAUUAUUGCCAUUCAGAAGAACUGUUUUCUAUUUUAAAAUAAUUAGUCCUUAAAAUGUAUUCCUUAUUAUUUUACCAUAAUUUAUUUCUGUAAUGGCAAAGCUGAUUUUUUUUUCAGUUUCAAUCAUGAAGAAAUCAUUCUAAUAUGCUGAUUUGCUUGAUUUUAAAAAUCUAACUAAAUAAUAUUACAUGGAACAACAUGAUGGUAGUUAAAUGACCGAAUUUUCAUUUUUGCAUGAACUAUCCCUUUAAUUUGCAUGCAGGAUGAAUUCUGUUGUUUGUAAUUCGACUAACCAU